AGCGCCCAGAGAAGGGAAGGCGGAGCGAAGGGGAAAGGCAGCGCAGCGGGUGCCUGGAGAGGGUUCCGGGGAAACGUCCGGGGGUCCCGCGCGUCCAUCCGACGGAGGCGACGCGAAGACGCUCGUCUCCUUGCGAUUUGAGAGGGCUAACAGCAGAUAAAUCGGCAAUGGAGAGACAAGUCUUAAACGAAGAAGAAGGACCGGACACAGCCGGAAAACUCCCUUCUGCAAUCAAGCCUCAGUUUAUGUCCGAACAAGCAGGAUGGGGCGCAUUUGAGAGGAACAAGAGGGCCCCGUUCGUUGGGAUGGAGGAGCGCUGGGAAUCGCAGUGGCAGCAGUUCCUCCAGACGCUGCAACCGGUUCAUCCAGGAGAGGUCAAGUCCAAGAUGUCGGAUGCUUCUCCCUGGGAAGAUCCCAAGGUCUUCCUGGCCUCCUUCGAGCAGGUGGCCCGAGCCUGCCGGUGGCCUAGAGAAGAGUGGGUGUCCUGUCUUUUGCCGGCCUUGAGUGGAGAAGCCGAAGAGGCUUUUCAGAAGCUGGAAAUCGGAGAACGGGACAACUAUGGGAAGGUGAAGGCCGCCAUCUUAAAAGGGGAAGCCACGAAAACGGAGGCCCGGCGUCAACGCUUCAGGCAGUUCUGCUGCCAGGGGGUGGAAGACCUGCGACGGGUUCAAAGCCAGCUUCAGGAGCUUUGCUGCCAGUGGCUAAAGCCACAGAGACGCUCCAAGGAGCAGAUCCUGGAGCUGCUGAUCUUGGAGCAAUUUCUGGCCAGCCUGCCUCCGAAGCUCCAGAGCUGGGUUCAAGUGAGGAGGCCAGAGACGUGUUCCCAGGCGGUGGUCCUGGUGGAGGACUUCCUGAGGAACCAACAAGACGCCAAAUCAGGGCUGUAUCAGGGCUCAAUGAAUGAAGGACAUGUCGAUUUCUUAUAUUCAGAGAAAGAGACCUUGGAGGCUGUGAAGCGAGAAAACGAAGAAGUGGAAAUCAGCCUGCUGGGACAUGAAAUCAAAUCCUCGAGCCACUCCAGCCAAUUAUUUCCUUCCGAAAGAUUUGGGAUGGUCCAAACGGCGAUGAGAGAGGAAUUCAUGGGCCUCAAGGAGACAGAGGCGUGUUUGCGGGCAACCGAGUGGAAGCCGCCGCAGCCAGUUCAACAACCUGUCGCCUGGCAAGUCCUGCAGGAGGAACAUGAGAACUUAAGUACUUUAGGUUUCAGGCUCUCAGUCUUCAGCGGAAUCAUAGAAGUUUUGUUUCUCCAUCUAACCCAUUCUGAAGCAACACCACCAUCCUCUACUCUUAAUGGCAAGAAGUUGAAACAAAGAGGCAAGUAGCUGCCGAAGUUUCAUCCUUGACAGAGACCGUAUAAGUGAAGGAAAAUCCAGAAUACACAUGUUUAUGAGAAGGGCUUAUCAUGCCCCGAGAAGACAUCCCCAAAGUUUCUAACCUUCUUAGCAAGUAAUGUGUUUAUUACAGUGUUUCUCAACCUUGGUGACUUUAAGUCCUGUGGACUUCAACUCCCAG